AAGACGCUCCUAGCAUGGCGGCCAGCUUUUCGCGAAUUGUCAACGCAACGAAAGGGACAGCCGGGACCGGACAACGAUCGGACCAUCGGGGACGAAUAAAUCACUUUCAGUGUCUCCGUUGGCGACGUCGUAAUGGACGUGCGAUAGCCCGGUACAUUUAGGUGGCGCUUUAAAGCUUGCCGGCGGAACUUAGCGGACUUGUUGUGUCGCGGAGGAAAGUUACGUUUGUGUCACGCGCAGCGGGAAAAAGGAGGAGGAGGAGGAGGAGAAGCCAUGGAGGGCCACCGAUACGUCCCGGAGGACCGCGGCGGGUCGGCCCUGGAGAAGAACCCGGCCGACCUGACGGUGAUGGACGUGUACGACAUCGCCGCGGCGGUAGGCCACGAGUUCGAGCGGAUCAUCGACCAGUACGGCUGCGAGGCUCUGUCCCGCCUCAUGCCGAAGGUGGUGAGGGUGCUGGAGAUCCUGGAGGUGAUGGUGAGCCGCCACAGCAUCGGCGGACCCGAGGCCGACGAGCUGCGCCUGGAGCUGGACGAGCUCCGGCUGGAGAGGACCGAGAGGCUGGAGAAGGAGAAGAAGCACCGGAAGGAGCUGGAGCUGGUAGAGGACGUGUGGCGAGGCGAGGCUCAGGAUCUGCUCUGCCAAAUUGCUCAACUGCAGGAGGAGAACAAGAGCCUCCUGGACAAUGUGUCCACGCGAGACCCCGUGAGUGAGGACGAGCUGCAGAGGAACGAGGGCAUGAGCGAGCGUGAGCGUCAGGUGAUGAAGAAGCUGAAGGAGGUGGUGGACAAGCAGCGGGACGAGAUCCGAGCCAAAGACCGCGAGCUCACGCUCAGAAGCGAAGACAUCGAGGCGCUCCAGCAGCAGCAGUGUCGUCUCAUGAAGAUCAACCACGACCUGCGCCACAAGAUCUCAGUGAUGGCGGCUCAGGGCAAAGCGCUGAUCGAGCAGAAGGUGGAGCUGGAGGCCGGCGCGCAGACCCGCGGUCAAGAAGUGGGAGCCCUGCUGCAGGAAGUGGCGCGCCUAAGGGAGCGGCUGAAGGGCCAAGCCCAGGGAGCUCCGCCUCAGCCCCCCUCGCCGGCAGAGUGCGAAGCUAAAGUUGUGGCAGGGGCGGAGGGUUGGUGGGAAUCAUCGACCCCCCCGCCGCCCCCGUCACCGCCGCCCAGCUCGCUCAGCCCCGACGGGCCUGACGAGGACGAGGACGACGAGGCGGCGUUGCUUUGGGAGGCCAUGUGCGAUGAAGACAUGCCUGCUGUGUACCAAUAUUUCACCAAGGAGGCUCUGUGCCAGGAGGAAGAGACCACUACGGAGAUCCCGGACUCCAAGGACCCCAACCGGGCCCGGUUCACCCUGCAGGAGUUGCGGGACGUUCUGCACGAGCGCAACGAGCUCAAAGCCAAAGUCUUCCUGCUGCAGGAGGAGCUGGCCUACUACAAAAGCGACGAAAUGGAGGACGACACGGCCGCUCCCGGUCCCGAGCCCGAACCCAGGACGAGAUCGCGUUCUGCUGUGCAGCCAGAGUCCGGAAUCAAACGCCUGUUUAAUUUGUUUUCCCGUGACAAGCAGCGGAGUUGGCAGAGGGGCAACGCACACGACGACACGUUCACCGAACAAGCCCAGGAGGCCUUACCGCACUUUUAGCCGCCACAUCCAAGACAGCCUUAAAAAAAACGUUUUAUUUUUGCAUGUUCCCCAUGAACUGUUUUCUUUAGGCGUAACCAUGACAUACUGUAUGCAAAUGAGGCAUUAUUGAAUUUAAUUCCCUGGUGUUUAUACCUACGGCGCUGAAAAGAUAGAAGGGGAAACACUAAAUUCAGGGUUGGGGAACCUACAGCCAAUCAGAGCAUGUAACGCCAGCCAAACAUGCAAUUCUUAGCAACAAAAUAAAGCUAUCCCUUUGUAGGAGUUCCCAAAGUACGAACCCUGGAAUUCACCGUGAAAUGACAGCUUCAAACCAAAGUGUCCGACUUUCUCUUCCAUUCCGAUUAUGGGUCCUUGAGACUUUCUGCACGGGGAAAGCACUUAAAAAAAAAAUUGGUGCAUUUUCGGGCAUUUCGUGGCCCCCCGAAUAAGGCUGAAGUGACUCUAGGAGCAAUCGGACAAAAUCUCUGGGCGGAGUCCAUCUGAAGGACCGCUGGAAAAGUCCGAAAUGAGCCUAAGAUGGCCGCUUCAAAACCAAAAUGGUUGACUUUGCGUCUUUGUGGGCAUGACUUGGAAAAGGCUACCCCAACUCUGCACUGAAGGGAAAAUAUACAUCAAACUCCUAUCAACACUACCAGCUGUACAGAAGUGAGGAUUUUGAACACUGUGUGAUAUUUUAACCAUUCUAAUGACUCAUGAAUAUGGCCUUGUUUUUGACUUUACAACUUAUUUUUUCUCUUUUAUUUUCACUGUUUUGAGGAGCCAGAUUUCUGCUUUGUGGUGCGGGAAGUACUUUUUUUUUUUUCCGACAAUAACAACUGCACCAGCAGUUUUAAGCCUGACUGGAAUUUCAAAUGCUAUUUUUAGCGCACUGAAUAUUUGUAAUCUAUGCAAGAUGCAGAGGGAAAGAAAUAUUUUUGUUUUUUAUUUUUCCAUGGAAAAAAAGGAAACCCAAGUGAAAUGUUAUUUGCAUAUGACAAGUUUAUUCCUAAAGCCCAGCAUUAAGACCUAUUGGCUGCUAUAGCACCUAUGACGACAUCCUAAAAUGGCGGCUAUUAUUGCAACAAGUCAAUGUAAAAAAAAGAAUAAAAAAACAUAUUUAAAGGA